CGACCAGUCGGACCUCUGCUGUCGGCCAUGUUGGAUCUGUUCCUCAGAGUUCUGGUGAUGACCCGUCUCCACCCGUCGCCUCACAGCACCUCACUGCCAACCUAACUCCUCCUCUUCUCUCACCUUCCUCCACCUGGACAGGUCCUGGACCCUGGUGGAACAUGUCCUAUGCACACGACAAGCUGCUCACCUGGAGCUUACCUCACCUGCUCCUCCUGCCCCUCACCUACCUCUGGCUUCUAGCUCCUGUCACAGGUGUGGCAGCAGGUCUGUGCCGGGUCACCGGCGGCAUCUUGGGGAUCCACUGGAGCAGCACCGUGGGUCUGGGCUGGCACCCGCUGGCGAGGGGCACGAGCGGGGCCACCUGCUGGGAGGCCUGCUGCCUGAACCCGAGCUGCGGCGCCACCUGGAGCCUGGGGGGCCGCUGCGUGCUCCUCACCUGCUCCAGGGGGGGCGGCUGCCCCAUCUCCUCCCUCCCCCAGCCCCACGAGGAGUCCCUGGGCCUCCUGCAGCUCCUGUCCAAGGAUCCUGUUGGAACAAAGUCCAGAAAAACUCGUCAUGCUCUGCUCGCAGGAAGCCACAGGACGGGACGGCUGAAGGACACGGAGGACACAGUGGACACUGUGGACACUGUGGACAGAGUGGACACUGUGGACAGAGUGGACACUGUGGACACUGUGGACACUGUGGACAGAGUGGACAGAGUGGACACUGUGGACACGGUAGCGGGUCCUACAGCUGCCAGCACCACUGCGCUCCUACAGACGGUCCAGGAGAACCUCAGCCCCUCAGCCAACAGAACCUCAGACGGUUCUCCGGACUCCUCACAGCAGAACUCAACCAUCAACGGAACCGUCGGUCCUUCUGCAUCCUCCAACAGCAGCGGUGUCAGCACCACCACUGUCAGUCCCACUCCAAGUCCCACUCCAGUCCUUGCAGUCCGGGAGCUGGUGGUGUCAGCAGGUGAGAGCGUGGAGGUGACGCUGCCCCACAACGAGGUGGAGCUCAACGCCUACGUGGUCCCGCCGCCCCCCACAGGCAGCAGCUAUUCCUUCGACUGGCGACUCAUCAGUCCUCUCACAGUUAACAGUGGAGAGAUGGAGGGCCAGAAGAGCCGCACCCUGAAACUCAGCAAG